GCAGGCUUAUAUCGCCUGACUGAGUCUGGUGUGGGAUAGCGUGUGUAGAGUGUGUGUGUCUGUGUGGCUGGUCAUGCAAACAGUAUGAAAACUGUCCAACUUGUUACAAAGCACAGUGUGUGGUUAAAAAAAAAGAGAACCUGGUCUGAAAAAGAGUAGUAAAAUGAGGCUUUGGCCGCUCGGCUGUCGCGUCCCUCCGCCCCCGGAGGAAGUUUUAGGUUGCUAUGCUAACAUCCAGUGAAGCAAACUCCUCUAAGACGAGAGCCAGAGAGGUGUGGAGGGAAAUAAAUCUACUGCUCGUCCUCUCAGACACCCGAAAACCCUGUCCAGUAAAUCUGAGAUGUUUGUAAAAGCGUUUUUAGUGUGUUUCCGACAACAACACACCUGAAGCCGUUUUAAAAGGUCUCCAUGUUGCAGUAAAUUAGCAGGAGAAGCGAAACGUGCUACUUGACGUGGCUUCAUUUUGUUCAAACUCGGAACUAUUUUACUGUUUAAGAAAAUCUCUCAAACUUCAUUUAAUGCCAGAGACAUGACAACAAUGCUGCCAGAAGUUCCUUGAAAUGGUUUCAGCCUCAGGAUGGACUAUAAAAGAACUUUGUGACAAACAAUGUUUCGGCACAAAACAUAGCCAAGGCUUAUUUCACCCCCACUCUCGGACCCUCAACUGGAUGUGUACAAGGGUCCAGAAUGUUUGUAUGUUUCCGGCGUAUCAGAAAAUGCCAACUCCGACAGCUAAUGAUGACAUGCUUUGUGUUGUCAGUGAUCAAGGUGUACUGGGAAAGUCUUGACAGUAACAUAGCAGAUCAUGUCAAGUCCUACUCUUUCCGCCUGCUCAACAGCUUGGACUUUAUAAGUGCUAACCUAACGAUUAGUUACAAAGAAGCACAGAAGUUUAGCAACCACCGUUACUUAAUAAACCACGAGCAGAAAUGUGUCAACAAAGAUGUGCUACUCUUGCUGCUUGUAAAAAGCUCGCCAGAGAACUAUGAAAGGAGGCAGGCCAUUCGGUCGACAUGGGGCAACGAGAUCUACAUCGAGAGGGAUCUAGGUGUGACUGUGAGAGUGCUGUUUGCUCUUGGCAUCCACCCUCAACCAAUAGACAGAAAGAAGCUUCAGCAAAGUUUGCUUUGGGAAGACCAAAUAUACCAGGAUCUAAUUCAACAGGACUUUCUCGAUACCUUUCACAACCUCACUAUCAAGCUUCUCCUCCAGCUCAGCUGGACACACGCCUAUUGCGACCAUGCCCGCUUUCUCAUGUCUGCAGAUGACGACAUCUUUGUCCAUAUGCCCAACCUGAUCCGCUACCUGCAGGAGGUCAACCGGACCGGCGUCAAGGACUUUUGGGUCGGCAGGGUGCAUCGAGGUGCUCCACCCAUUCGUAAGAAAGACAGCAAGUACUAUGUGUCUCACGAGAUGUACCCCUGGCUUCUCUAUCCUGAUUACACCCCUGGAGCCGGUUAUGUUGUCUCCAGAGACGUGGCCUCUAGAGUCUACCAAGCUUCCCUCACCUUAAACGCCUCUCUUUAUAUCGACGAUGUCUUUAUGGGCAUUUGCGCGAGCGCGAUAGGGAUCUCGCCCCAAGACCACGUCUUCUUCUCUGGAGAGAAUAGGGCUCCUAACCACGUCUGCAUCUACAACCAAAUGAUGACAUCACAUGGACAUGUCAAGGACUUCCAUGAACUCUGGAAACUUGCAACAGAUCCCGAGGUGCAGCAGGUUUCCUCUGGACUUUUUGGAAAGCUUUACUGCACCAUAACUAAAAUCAGACUCCUUUGUGUAUUACAUGCUUUAAACACCUACCCGUGUAAAGCAGCCUUUUUAUAGGGUCUGGAUUGGUAUGAAAUCCCUUUUUUCCCCCCUCCUCUUCCUUUCCAUUUUAGACCAAAGCCUUUGUGCUAGGUGGAGAUCUGUAUAUUAUAUGUAUACAGGACUCUUUACGUCACACCCAUGUGGAUCUUCCCCAAACUAUUGCCGCAAAGUUGGAAGCACACAGUUGUAUGUUGUAGAAUUACAAUUUCAUUUCACUGGAACUAAGAGGCUCAAACCUGUUCCAGCAUGACAAUGCCCCUGUGCACAAAGCGAGCUCCAUGAAGACAUGGUGUGUGAAGGUUGGAGUGGAAGAACUCGAGUGUCCUGCACAGAGCCCUGACCUCAACCCCACUGAACACCUUUGGGAUGAACUGGAACACUGACUGAACCCCAGACCUCCUCACCAACAUCAGCUCCUGAUCUCACUAAUGCUCUUGUAGCUGAACGAACACAAAUCCCCACAGCCACGCUCCAUGAGCCCUCAUGUAUGUAUGCUAGAAUUUCUGCAGAAUUUCAAGCUGAAGUAUGGUAUCAGUUGAAGUUGAUGUUGAAGCACUUUUCCAUUUGAAGUGAUUAUAAUAGGGUAUGGUUAGUACGUGACUGCUGAAAACUCGUGCUCAGAGGUGAUUCAUUCCACAUAUUGGUGCAGAAAAGCACCACGGACCUCGGGUCUGAAUGACACCACCACGUUACCAAGUCAGAUCUUACUGAAAUUAAAUUCCCAUUAUAAGCCCUUUUCAGAUCUUCUUUUGCAGCUGUAUGUGAAAGCCUAUUUUUGUAGCUGUACAGAAGUUGUAUGCGUCCACCGCCUUAGCAGUAACAAAAAAAAAAACAAAAAAAAAAAAAAAGAGAACCAUCUUAGUAAUUU